UGAAAUAACAUCGGGUUCGGUAUUCUCUACUACUUAGUCUGAAUUUUCACUGUUGCAGAAGAAUAAAGUAAUAAAAUAGGCCAAGGUUAUUUUGAAUUGUUCCAGUGAGUGGAAGAGAACAGCAAUGGCAGCACCUACGUCAGCAUUUGUUCGGGGGCAUCGCCGGGCAGGAAGCGAUGUCCAGUUUAUUGAGAGAACCCGAUUGGAUGCCCAGAAAGCCAUGAACAAAGAACUACAGAAGCUGAUCCAGACCGGACCCCCGGGACUUCAUGAGAGAAUUCGGGCAGAGUUUGAUGAGUUUGAGAAGUUGUUUGGCCGGUAUCUUCAAGAGUCAGGCCAUGCCAUCAUGUGGGAUAAGAUUCGACUGGUUUCAGAUGAUUUGGUGAAGACAUACAAUGAAUUAAAAGCUCCAGACAACAAAUCCAUCAAGACGCUGCUCAAUCAACUGGUGGUUGUCAAGUUGAAUGGAGGGCUGGGAACCAGUAUGGGCUGUAAAGGACCAAAGAGCAUCAUCAGUGUCCGCAAUGACCUAACCUUCCUUGACCUGACGGUUCAGCAGAUAGAGCACCUAAACAAAACUUAUGGCACUGAUGUUCCUUUGGUUCUCAUGAAUUCCUUCAAUACCGACGCAGACACAGAAAAAAUCCUUCAAAGAUACAGCCAGGUCAAGGUCAAAAUCUUCACCUUCAACCAGAGUAGGUAUCCAAGAAUCAGCAGAGAGUCUCUCUUACCCAUCGCAACCAGUUUUAACACUGAAAACAUUGAAAGCUGGUACCCUCCUGGACACGGAGAUGUAUACCAGAGCAUAGCUAACUCCAAGCUUCUGGACCAGUUUAUCAAUGACGGCAAGAAGUACCUGUUCAUGUCGAACAUUGACAAUCUAGGGGCAACGGUUGACCUCAAUAUUUUGAAUUUUCUUUUGGACCCGAACACAAAACAAGCACCAGAAUUUGUAAUGGAGGUCACAAACAAAACCAGGGCAGACGUCAAGGGAGGUACUCUUGUUGAAUAUGAUGGAAAACUUCGACUUCUGGAGAUAGCUCAAGUUCCCAAAGACCAUGUAGAUGAAUUUAAAAGUGUCAGCAAAUUUAAAAUUUUCAACACCAACAAUUUAUGGAUAAGUCUGGAUGCCAUUAAGCGAGUGGUUGAGGAUAACACUCUACACAUGGAGAUCAUUGUCAACCCCAAGACACUUGACAAUGGCGUGAAUGUGGUACAACUAGAGACGGCUGUAGGGGCGGCCAUUAAGAGCUUCGAAGGCGCUAUUGGUAUCAAUGUCCCUCGCCGCCGUUUCUUGCCGGUGAAGACGACCUCUGACCUCCUGAUUGUGAUGAGUAACCUGUACAGCCUGAAGACAGGUGCCCUUGAGAUGAACCCCCUUAGGUCGUUCCCGUCCGUGCCAUUAGUCAAACUAGGAUCUCACUUCUCAAAGGUGAAAGACUACCUCCAUCGCUUUGCCAGUAUUCCAGAUAUGUUGGAGCUGGACCAUCUAACAGUAUCAGGGGAUGUCACCUUUGGCAGAAAUGUAACAUUAAAGGGUACGGUGAUUAUUAUAGCUAACCAUGGAGAUAGGAUAGACAUUCCCUCAGGAGCCGUGCUAGAAAACAAAAUUGUGUCCGGAAAUCUGAGAAUCUUGGACCACUAACGUCCCCCCCAUGAUGAUAACAGUCCAAGUGUUGCUGGUCAGACUUGGGUAUUCCUUGAUGAUGUGAUUGGUGCAGAGCAAUCAAAUAGCAUUUCCAGGUCCUUUUAUUUGCUUAUCUAUAAAGGAUUAAGAAUGUCAUGGGACUAAUCCCAAACCACACAUGACAUAAUUUGACAACAAAUUUUUAUUUUUCAGUCUGACAUAAAUCAAGAGAUAUAUAAAAAUGUUUAAUUAAGUAUUAUUUUGUUUUUUUGUUUUGUUUAGCUUCAAGAGUGUAUGCAUUCUUGAUAUUUUCACAAAAAUUAAAUAUUAAUUACUUGUGUGGAGUUUUAUAUACUAACUUGUUUAAGAGUUAAAAAUUGUUUUAUGAGAAUAUUUUUGAUUUUAAUAUUUAUUUAUUAGAGUUGUUGUUGAAUGUUUUGUAAUUUUCAUUGGUUAAGCAAUUACUGAAUCACAGGAGAGAUAGGUUUAUCUAAAGAAUAGAUGUGUCUGCCCCCCCCCCCCCCCCAUUCCUUCCCGUUUUCUCAUGUUGAACAAAAAUGGAUCUAAGAGGCAUUAAGUAUAUAGUAUAAACAAAUGUAUGAGCAUAUUCACACAAUAAUUAUAUCGUACCAAUAUUGCUGUAGGUCUAUAUCUGGCUUUAUCUCGUAGCUUUGCAGUUACAAUACUGAGUCUAUAUAGCAGAAUAAACCUCCCAAUCUGUGAAAUAAAAGGGAAUGAUUCACACUUAAUCCUCACUGUCUGGAAUCAGUUGUGAUACUAGGGUCGACAGACUACUUUGUUAUAUAUGUACAUGUACAAGCAGGACUGCACCAACAGAAUCUUUACUUCUUACAUGUGUCUGCUUUAUGUGCAAAUAAUUGUUAUACUCUGGGUGAAUUUCACCUACCUACUUGAAUUUUCAGUGAUUUUGGAUUCUUCUUUAUUUACUAUCGAAUAUUGUACAAUUGCUAUAUUACUGUUUUCACACCAUUCAAAAUUUCAGUUUGAUUUAUUUUUUCAAUAUUGUUGAUCAGUGUAAAAGAUGGAGCAAUUGUUAUUCACAGCUCAUCUAAUUUGUGUGUGAAGGUUGGUUUUGUUUUUGUGAUUUUUUUGUUGCUAUUUACAGUAGGGCUACAGUUCUGUAGAUUCCUUAUUUAAAGCAAGUACUUCAUUCCACAUUUCUGCUUUUUUAUUUUAAAUCACUUAAAUACAAAUUCACAAGUACUGAACUUCUGAAAUAUUUUUUAUGGUUCACAACUGUCAGAAAAAUAAAAGCGAGGUUUUACAAUCUGCAAGGAAUGUUUUUUUUGUGAUUUUUUGCAGAUAUUUAUUCUUCAUGUUUAAUUAGGAAUCUGCAGUAAUCCAUAUACUUAAUUGUAUAAGUAAAUAUCAAAGGGAACCCUGGUGAUUCAUUAUGCCCAGUGCUCCAUCAAUAUGGAUGUUUUGGUUGGGAUUAGUGGUUUCCUGAUCAACAAAACUCCACAGUACACGUUUUGUUUUUAAUGACAUCAUUAAGAUUACACCGCUUUCAAUUUUUUAAUUGGCUUAAUUCUGAUAUGAUAAGAUAAAUAUGUUGUUUGUAAAUGCAACUUAGAUGAAACAUAUAUUGGUUAGUAGUUUGUGCCAUGAGAUGUCUUGGACUUGAAACUCCCCCCCUCUUUAGUUAACCUAAUUACCAGAUGAUACACUUGUGUUUUCACCAAGUGUCAUUAAAUAACUGUGAGUGAAUUCAUUCCUGAUUUUUAAUGAAAUCUUCAGACUGGAAGAUGGUUGUUUGAAGCUUUAUCUUAACCCCUCCUAUAUAUCCUGUAUACAAUGCUUAAUUAUGUUACACAACAAAUAAAUGAUAGAAAUACU